GAGAGCAAAAGAGUUGGUGUCCCAGUUACAGAGAAAACACAUGCUGUUAGAAAGAAAAAUGCACUGAGGGAAAAGACUGAAGAUGAAGGAGUAUUCCAGUUUCUGUAGACCUCUCCUGCUUAACUGAGCUGCAUCUCUUCUACAUUUUGUGAAACUUUAGUGCUGCAUGCAAACUCAGAGAAUUGUUUGUUUUUCUUACACAAAAUGUGUGUAUCUGCAUGCGUGUUCGCUGUAUCACAUACUUUAUUAUGCUUGCCUUUGAACACUGAACUACUGAACUUCCCUUGAAGUUUUUCGCUGUAGCAUGUGGCUCUGAUUUGGAUUAUUUGCUAGACUUGUUUUCGAGCGCUCUGCUCUUUUGAAGUUGUUUCUGUUGUAGGCCGUUGUGGAAGGAUGGAUUCCUCUGCACUUCACUCUCUUUUACUUCUGCUUUUUGCCAGCGUCUCCUUUGUUUUUGCUGGAAUGGACUCGUGUUAUGAUGAGAACGGCGUCCCGAGCUUGUGUUUACCUAAAUUUGAAAAUGCGGCCUUCAAUCGUUCCGUGAUAGUUUCAAAUGUGUGCGGGAUCCCACCUGAGGACUACUGCAUGCAGACUGGGUCCACACGCUCUUGUCAUCACUGUGACGCCUUCGACUCUGAGCUAAAUCGGAACGCCACUUACCUGACAGACUUCCACACGGAUGAAGAGCCCACCUGGUGGCAGAGCCAGUCCAUGUUCUAUGGAGUUCAGUACCCGAAUUCAGUCAACAUCACGCUGCAUCUUGGCAAGGCUUUUGAGAUCACCUAUGUCCGUUUGAAGUUUUACACCAGUCGACCAGAGAGCUUCGCUGUCUACAAGCGUACAGAUGAGAAUGGACCGUGGCAGCCGUACCAGUAUUACAGCGCUUCCUGCCGUAAGACGUACGGAAGAGACAAUAAGGGCUUCAUACGUCCCGGGGAUAACGAAAGGACGCCACUCUGCACGGAUGAGUUUAGUGACAUCUCGCCACUGACCGGCGGAAAUGUGGCCUUCUCAACAUUAGAGGGACGACCGAGUGCCUACAACUUUGACCAGAGUCUUGUCUUGCAGGACUGGGUGACUGCUACGGAUAUCCUCAUCUCUCUGGACAGACUGAAUACUUUUGGAGAUGAGUUCUUCAAAGAUGCCAAAGUGCUUCGAUCAUAUUUUUAUGCCAUUUCUGAUUUCUCUGUGGGGGGAAGAUGCAAGUGUAAUGGCCAUGCCAGUGACUGUGUGGUCAAUGACGAAGGCCGUUCGGUGUGUGUUUGCGAGCAUAACACCGCAGGGGUCGACUGUCAGCUCUGUGCUCCCUUCUACCAGGACAGACCUUGGGCACGAGCCACUGCUCAUUCUGCCAACCAGUGUGUGAGGUGCAACUGCAGUGGUCUUGCUGAUGAAUGCGUGUUUGAUGUGGAGCAGUACCGCAGCACGGGACGAGGGGGGCGCUGUUUCGGCUGCAGGGAAAACACUGCUGGUCCUCACUGUGAGCAGUGCAGAGAAAACUACUUCAGAUCAUCAACACUGCAGCCCUGCCAAAACUGUAACUGCAAUGCAUUGGGCUCUGUGAGGUUGCAGUGUGAUGCAGAUGGAGUGUGUGUUUGCUGGCCAGGUGUGUCUGGUGUGAAGUGUGACAUUUGCAAGUCUGGCUUCCAUUCUCUUGGCCCUGGUGGAUGCAGGUUGUGUGACUGUGAUGAGAGGGGCAGUGUAGGAGUGUGUUCAGCUGAAGACGGACGCUGCCACUGCAAAGCAAAUGUGGAGGGACAGUCCUGCAACAGGUGUAGGCCAGGAUCCUUCAACCUCCAGCUGGAGAAUCCAGAGGGCUGCAAUAAAUGCUUUUGCUUUGGUCACUCCCUCGCCUGUUCCUCCUCCAAUCAGUACACGCCAAUUAAUAUUACUUCAGACUUUCUAGAAGAUCCAGAUGGCUGGAAGGGUGUUUUCUCUAGAGGCCAUGAACAAUCUCUGAUCUGGAAGGAGGGAGAAGUCUAUCUGUUGCCCUACAAAGAGGAGAAUGGCUUCUACAAAGCACCUGAUAAAUAUCUGGGAAACAUGUUGCUAAGCUACGGACGGACCCUUAGCAUGUCAUUUACAGCCGAGCUGGAGGAGCUGUUGCCCAGAAGUGUGACUGUGAGGCUGGAGGGCUCUGGGAUGUCAGUUUCUGCUGAUUUAUACACUCAACAGGAGCCUAAUUCACGGCUGGAAAAGACACCCAUUAACACCUUUUCUCUCAGGUUAACAGAGAAGGAUGUAAAUCCCUCUGUAUCAUCAUUUAAGUUUCUCCGAAUGCUUUACAAUCUGACAGCUCUUCAUAUCAGCAAUGCAGGAGGCCAGAACUACACAUCUCAACUCUCCAGAGUAACCCUUGAAUCUGCAGUCCAGAAAGUCUAUCAUCCAGAUGUGCUCCCUCAUGCUCUGUGGGUGGAAGUGUGCUCCUGUCCCGCAGGAUUUGCAGGCCAGUUCUGUCAGCUCUGUGCUCCUGGAUUCACCAGGGAGACCGCUGAUGGUGGACCCUUCUCCCCUUGUGUACCUUGCAACUGCAAUCAGCAUGGGACCUGCCAUCCGGAGACAGGUGUGUGCUCCUGCACAGACUUUACCACCGGCCAUCAUUGUGAGCGUUGUGAAGAUGGUCACUAUGGAAACGCACUGACUGGCAGCCCAGGCGACUGCUUACUUUGUCCUUGUCCAGAUCGCACCACCUGCGCCCAGGUGCCAGAGACAGGGGACGUUAUUUGUACCAACUGUCCGACAGGCCAAAGGGGUGUACGAUGUGAAUUGUGUGAAGACGGUCACUAUGGCAACCCUCUGGGUUGGGGUGGCACAGUGCAGCCCUGUGUGAAGUGCCAGUGUAAUGGGAAUGUGGAUGCCAAUGCAGUGGGUGUGUGUGAUCACAUGACUGGACGCUGUCUGAAGUGUCUGGGCCAUACGACUGGGGACCAUUGUGAAAAAUGCAGAUUGGGUUACUACGGCAACGCACUGGCCAACCAACUCAAUGCGGGGGGAAAGUGCAAACCUUGUGCUUGUCAUGUGGCUGGGACGUCAGGGUCUCCGAAUGACUGCCAUCCAGAUACAGGAAACUGUGUUUGCCUGGGUCAUGUGACAGGACGAGACUGUGGACAAUGCGAAGCUGGAUACUUCAAUCUGCAGCCUGGAUUGGGCUGUGAGAUGUGUAACUGCAAUCCCAUUGGCUCAUUGUCUUCAGCAUGUCAUCCAAUCACAGGACAGUGCAUGUGUCGAACAGGUGUCGAAGGGAUGUCAUGUGACACUUGCCGAAUGGGAUUCUUUGGUUUCUCCUCAAGAGGCUGCAGAGCAUGUAAUUGUGACCCCAUGGGCUCCACCUCAAUGCAGUGCCACAACAACGGGACGUGUUCUUGUCGCAACGGGUUUGUUGGUUAUAAGUGUGACAAAUGUGAACAGAACUACUACCAGAACCGCCUGAGCCACCAAUGCGAGGAGUGUCCCGUGUGCUACAGCAUCAUUAGAGACCAGGCCAGUAAACUGAAAGCUAGACUGCAGGAGUUGGAGUUGCUGCUCAGUAGUUAUGACUGCAAUAGAUACAGCCGACGGGUUCGUGGACACCAGCAGAACAGACCCUAUCAUAAUGACCUGGAUAAUCACAUACAGAAGGACCAGGUUGAAGACUACCUGCCCAACGCUCUUGAGGAUCUCCUUGCUAUUCAGGAAGCUCGUGAAGCCUUCAUAAAGCAGUUUUCACAGCUGGAAACAUCUGCCCAGACCUUACAGCUGCAGCUGCGAAGCAUUGCAGCAGCCCUGAACUGCAACCUCACAGACAGCGCGAAAGAUCCAGAAGAAGGAAAGACUCUAAAGGUUGAAAAUGAGUGUCAAGAGCUUGUUGACACUUUAUCGACUACUCUGAAUAUGCAGGAACAGCUUCAAAAGAUGACUGUUGACCUUAACAGCAUGGCCAUCCCAGCUGUAAUCCCUAAAGAACCCAAUAAAUGGAACGCCAUAGUGAAUGAAUCUGAGGUGCUGGUGAAAAGUCACACAGAGAUGGCAGCUCAUAUAGAGCAGGUAGCAGAAGAUGUCUUUAAAAUGGCUAACAGAACUUAUUUGCAGCUGGUAACUCUUCUUGAAGACAACUCCACAGAGUCUCACAUACAGGAUCUCACAGAGAAGCUGGAGGAGAUGCAGCAGCUGAAGGAGAAUCUGACUCUUGAGGUUAAUGAGACAUUAGUGACACACCUGUCACUUCAGAAACACAACGCAGAGAUUGCGGACAUUUUACACAACAUCACCACUUCACUGUCAGAACUACGCAGAACGGAUGGCAAUUUCACCCUCGCUGUGGAGGAGACCAACAUGACCUCUUUCUCACAGACGCUUAAUCAAACCAAUGUAACAGCAGCUCAGAAUCCUCAACUCACAGAGAGUGAAGACCUGAUGAACAGAACAACCAAUUUGGACAUUUCUGUUCUGUCCAAGGAGCAAUUGGUAAAUAAGACCAGAGAGGAAAUUCAGCCUGAUAUGGACAGUGUCGAAAAUAAUCUGAAAACUGUUCAAGAGCUGCAGCAGUUGACGGCUGCGGUAGAGGGAUUGAAGGUGUCAACCGUCUCCUCUGUGGUGACUGGGAAAGAGGUGGAGGCGGAGAUUCUGUCUCUGCAGAAGAGUCUGCAAGACAUGGAGCAGGACUGGCCUCAACUGCCCACGCUCAGCAAAAGCUUUCUGAAGAGAGAGAAAAUGCUGAACGAGAAGACACUGAUGGAGGUGAAAAAAAGAGUGAAGCAGACAGAGAAGAUGAUCAAGCCCUCAAUGGAGAACGCGACAGAUGCAGACAGCACAGCUAAACAGGCCAAGGCGUCUGCAGACACGGUGGCUAAAGAUGCCAAAGCCUCCCUCACGCAGGGGAAACGGAUAAAACAUGCAUCUGGACAGUUGCGUUCAGCUCUGGACGUCACCCUGGAGCAGUUGUCUGAGCUGGAGAGCCAAACCGCACUGAAACAGGCAGCAUUGGAAGCAGAGGAGGACAUGGUUUCUUCAAGCAGUAUGAUAGACAGCAUGGAGACAGCCAAGAGUCAGCUGGAGUCCUUCACAGAGAUGCUCACUCUGCUUCUCAAUCAAAUGGAAGCUGAUGUGGUUCUGGAGAACUACGAUCGCAUUCUAAAUGAGACAGCAGUGCGCCUUCGUGUCCUCCAGGGGGCCGUGGAGAGUCCGUCUCUAACCGGGAAGAUCCAGAGGCUUCGCAGCGCUGCGUCUGAUCAAGAGAAGCAGAUGCAAAAUCUUGAAGAGAGCCUGCAGGACAUACGAAAGGAAAGAGACAGUCUCACUGACAUCGCCCAGAACCUGCCCAAAACAUGCCCACAAAAAGGCCACUGAGACAGUGGGGAGGGUGGGGGGACAAAAACAAAGUCUAAAAUAAUUUAAAAAAAAAAAAAACAGGUGAACAAACCUCUGAAACCCCCCACUACAUUCCUGUUUUAGAAAAGCAGCACUGAUCAUAUAAAUAACACAUUAAAAUGGAAAUUCUUUAUAAACAUUCAUGCAUUUGUAAAGACAGAUCGGCUUUAUUUACUUAUUUACUCCAACUGGUUAAAAAGUCCAAAUGCAGAUGAUGGCAUUUAUACACUAUAGCACUUUGAACUUAAAGGGACAGUUCACCCAAACCUGAAAAUUCUGUCAUCAGUUUGUCACCCUUUACUUGUUCCAAACCUGUUUGAGUUUUUUUUUUUCUUUUUUAAAAGAUAUAGACAGCUGAAAACCUGUUACCAUUGACUAUUUGUUUUUUUUUUUAUAUGGAAGUUAAUGGUUUCAGGUUUUCCUCAUUCUUCAAAAUAUCUUCUUUAGUGUUCAACAGAUUAAAAAAACAUAAAGAUUUGAUGGUAAGUAAAUAGAGAUUAAAUUUAAAUCUUUGGGUGAGCUAUCCUUUUAAAUUAAUAUUCAAACAUAAUGUCAUGGCGAUCAUUACUGAGCUUCCACAGAUAAUCACAUUGACAUUAUAUUUGAUUAUUGAUGUUUUGCAGACUUUAAAGAAUGACAUAAUGACGUUAUAAUGAUUGAUGAUAUUAUUAUGCAAUUUUAUUCUGUACAUUAACUCUUAACUAAUGAGAGUUCCUGGCCAGAUAUGGCGCUUUUUGGCCACUUAGGGGUGCCAUCCUCACAAAUUAAUCUUGUACACAAUGUACUUUGAAAACGGAGAAUUUGGUGAAUAAAGUUCAUGAGAAAACAAAA